AUGUUGUACUGGGCUGUCAAUGUCUCACAGAGACAGGGUACUCCUUGGGGAACUAUGGCUUACUACGCUGUGGUAAUACAUUUGGUGGUAAACAAUAAGAGAAAGAUACGGUUUACACCACGCUCAACAACCGAUGUACAUUCUCGGACUACCUUCCGUCCACCUGAGAACAUGCGAGCCAUAGCAACAUCAGCCUCGAGUUACACUACCAAGGGAGGUAGACUUAGGCCUGCUGAAUAUCAAAAACGCAAAAUCUUUGUCUCUACUGUGGUGACAAAGGACAUAUGGUACUCAAAUGUCCAGUUGCUCCACCUCACCGUAAACCUGCUAGAUAUUAAGCUAGCAUGCAAUCCCAUUGGGAUAAGCUUGAACCCCAAGUCUACAAACCGCGGUAACCUGGGAUUGGAGGGUAACGAGAAACAGGUCUCCGUUUCACUUGGCUCCACAUUUCCUUCUAUUGAAAACUUUUAUAUAACCCAAUAA